AUGUAUAAUCAGUAUCCGUUAAGUUUGAUACAGCGGGAAUUUGACCGACAACAGGCAGGGGAAAAAGAUUUAGUCCGAGAAUUUCAAACCCAAUUAUUAGAAUUAGAAAAAUUAUUAGACCCAAGUAUUAGAAAUAGUAGUGCUGCCAAUUUAGAGAAAAUAAAAGACAGUAUUAUCCAUCUACAACAAAUUAUUCAGCAACAGAAGCAAGAUUUAGCCGAAUUACAACAACUUUUAAAGGAUAAAGAAACGGCUCGUAAAUCUCUCGCCGAGCAAUACCAAAACAGCGAAACCGCUCGCACUAAUACUCUGAACCAACUAGACCAAACCACCAAAGAAAGCAAAGAUUUAGCCACCAAGUUGGAAGUUAUUGAAAAUAAUGAAAAGUUAUGUCGCCAAAAAAUAGAAGAGUUAGAAAAAAGUAACGUUUUAGAGCAGGCUCAAUUAAAAGUUAAUUUUAGUAAAAUGAAGCGGGAAAAAGAGGAGUUUAUUACUAAAUUACAAGUGGAAAUAAAGAAAUUAAAAACUAAACCAAAAACUGCCGAGAUAGAAACCCAAACCGAGAAUAUUCCCGCUCCGACUAAUUACUGA